UCUUGCUGACUGACAUUCGGAAUAUUUUCAUUCGGAGUAAAAUAUUGGUGAUGGCAGUUUGUUUAGUCGUUUCUUGAAUUGAAUAAUUUUGCUUUAAGUUGUGGAUUGUUCUUUAAAUCCUUAAUCACGGGUUAAAAGAGUAAGAAAAGCGAACAAAUGUAAAUUAGAAAUAAUUGCAUAGUAAAUCCAACAAAUUUAUGGUUGAAAUUCGCUUAAAAUACGUGAAGAGCGUUUGCGGAAUUACACAAAUAAAGAAAAAACUAUUUCGAACAGACGGAAGCGCGAGAAACCCAAAAAGUUGUAUAUUCUUUUUUUUAUUGAGACCUUAUACUGGGUUUAAUUGCAAUCGUGUUCAUUUUGUGAUCACCAAUGCAGUCUUGUCAAACAAAAAAAGGCAGUGAGGGUUUAAAAUUGAUUUUCCCUUAGUAUACGAUAGCACAGACGGCCGCAGUUCUGCACUCAUUUUUAAGCGAUAAGUUGCCAAGUGACGGUUCGGGAAACGAAUCAGCUCGUUCUAUUAACUAAACGUAAACGCUACAACAGCAACAAAUCACUAUUGAUGCAUGCAAUUUCUCUAUGAAUUAGUUAUUGCUGCUCUUUAUUGUCUAAGCUAAAGUAAGCACCUAAGAUACUUUAACUAUUUUCCAACACUUACAUUCUCCGAACAACGGUAUUUUAAAUGUCACAACAUUUGAAAAAGAAUUCGCCUACUAGCCGAAAUCGUAAGCAACAACAACAUCAAACACAAAAUGCAGACAGUGUAAAACAAAAAGCAAAUGCCUCAGGCAACCAAUUAACUGCCAAUAGAAAGUCGAAUGGCGGUGUACCUUGGUCCAGUAACAGCGCCUCCACGCCUAGUGGUAGCAUCACGUCAUCUGUGUCGGCACCCGCGCUUAUGCGUAAAAAAUCACAAAUCAAACUGCAAAAAGAGAAGGAACGAGCGGAACGUGAGACGCUAGUGCUAUGGCGUCGACCGGUUCAGACUGUGAGGUAUUGUGGCCUCGAGUUAGUGACGCUAGCGCAGACUUCGGGCAAGCGUUUACUACAACAACGUGGUUUGCUUGCGGCACUCCUAGUUUUAGGUACUAUAUUUAGUUUUAUUUAUUAUUUACCGGGUCCACAUCAGCUGGUUUUGGAUGUGGUACGUCGCAAUACUUGGUUUUUCAUCUACUGGACCGGUUUGGGUGUACUCUCCUCGGUGGGUCUGGGAACGGGACUGCACACGUUUUUGCUGUAUCUGGGACCACAUAUAGCUAGUGUAACGCUAGCUGCAUAUGAAUGCAAUUCUUUAAAUUUUCCGCGACCACCAUAUCCCGAUGAUAUUAUCUGCCCGGAAGAGCCAUAUGCAAAGAAAGUGCCAAAUCUUUGGAUGAUUAUGAGUAAAGUACGCAUGGAAGCUUUCCUUUGGGGUGCGGGCACCGCUUUGGGCGAACUGCCACCUUAUUUCAUGGCAAAGGCAGCACGCCUUUCUGGCUAUGAUCCCGACGAUGCCGAGGAGUUGGCUGAAUUCGAAGCAUUGAAAGCCAAACGUAAUCAAAAGAAUUUGAGUUUAAUGGAUAAGGGCAAAUUAUUUAUGGAACGUGUUGUAGAACGUGUUGGCUUUUUGGGCAUUUUAGCAUGUGCAAGUAUUCCCAACCCGUUAUUUGACUUAGCCGGCAUUACAUGCGGUCACUUUUUGGUGCCAUUCUGGACUUUUUUCGGUGCUACGCUUAUUGGCAAGGCCAUUAUCAAAAUGCACAUACAAAAAGUUUUUGUUAUUAUUGCUUUCAAUGAGGCGCUUAUUGAACGAGCUGUUGAUGUGCUCGGAAAGUUACCCAUAUUGGGUAAAAAACUGCAGGAGCCGUUUAAAGGCUUCCUUAACAAUCAGAAGAAGCACUUGCACCGUGAACGUCAACCGGCGGCUGAGUCUGGUAACUUAUUGUCAAAGGUGUUUGAGACGUUUGUCAUCUGUAUGGUUUGCUACUUCAUAAUCUCGAUUGUUAACUCAUUGGCGCAAAGUUACCACAAGCGUUUGCAUAAGAAACAUGUGAAAAAAGUGAAGAAACCGAUAGCAAAGGAUUAGAUGGAAGCGAGGUAGAUAUAAAAACAGGCUGCAGUUUGAGGGCGGUGGAUGGAGUGUCGUUUGGAAAAGCAUGGAAAGCGUAAAAAAUAAAAGGAGUAGUGAAAAUGACUGAAUUAUUUUGGCAUUGUGUUGUUAGCGUUUAAACCGGUGGGUGCUACGCCCAUUCUUGUAUUAACAUACUACAACAUUCUAUACAAAUCGACUAUAUGCCCAGCAGAAUUUCAGCAGUUAUGUAGCCUUAUGCUAAUUAAGUCAUAAGCAGCUAGUCCUAAUUUGUAUGUGUGUGUACAAAAAAUAUAGGAAAAGUAGGUCUCAUAAUGAAAUUAAAUUAAUUUCACAUCAAAUU